AUGGCUUUGCUGCAGUCAGGUAGAAAAAGGCACAUAACAGCCGGUGAAGUUGUUCAAUUUGGCUGCCAGCUUUGGGUGUUUCUUCAGCCCAUUCAUUCUCGUCUAAACAUUCGUAUCAUGAAGGAUCUAAUACCCAUGAUGCCGUCUACAUUUACUCCAACUCCCAUUGAUAUCACCGCUAUUCUGGUCAUCACGAAGCACUCAUUAUUGGAUAAUCAGAUGCACAUCAUGCAGCCCGGUUCUGAUCGCCCGUCAUUCCUUGGGACAGAUUCACAUGGUAUCGCAGAAGGCUACUUCUUGUUUCAAUCAGCGAGUCACCUUCAAAAAAUGCAGGCUGAAGUGUAUGUGUGGAUGGUAGUGUCUCGAAUUGACAGGGAACUGAUGAAGACUCAGGGUCAUCGGGAGAUCCAGGUCACAGAAUACUUCAGUCAUGAGAUGAGCAUCAAAUGCCUCAACUGUCCAUAA